AUGACCAGAAGAAGAUAUGACGACAAUGAAGAGGACAAAGCCUAUGUGCAUGAUGUGGAAGGAGACAACGAGGAAAUAGAAGACGACUAUAAAGAAGAGAAAGACGAUGACAAGGAAAAUGCAUCUAUGACCAGGAAUAAGAGGGCGACGAUAACGAAUAACAUGGUAAUGGCGAUGAGGGAAACGACGAUGAAGCCGGACAUGACGAGAGAGGACAUAACGACGAGGGAAGUAGCAACAACGAGGGAAACAACAACGACGAACUAUAUAAAGCAGACAGAAUAUUACGACAAAGAAGAAAAAGGAGUCGUCGUCGAAGGAACAGAAAUUAGGGCGGACGGAGACGAAGAAGAUGAAGAAGAGACAUAUGAUGAUGACAAUGAAGAGGACAAAGCCUAUGUGGAUGAUGUCGAAGGAGACGAUGAGGAAAUAGAAGACGACUACAAAGAAGAGAAUGACAAUGACGAGGACGAGGAAAUGGCAUCUAUGACCAGGAAUAAGAGGGUGACAAUAACAAAUAACAUGAAAAGUAUGAUGACCAGAAGAAGAUAUGACGAUGACAAUGAAGAGGACGAAGGCUAUGUGGAUGAUGUGGAAGGAGAUGAUGAGGAAAUAGAAGAUGACUACGAAGAAGAGGAAAAGGCAUCUAAGACCAGGAUUCAGAGGGUGUCAUUAACGAAUAAGAUG